AUGGCCACCAGCCCCCUCCCGGGGCCCAACGACCUGCUGCUGGGCUCCCCGGCCGGGGCCUACCCGGCGGAGGCCCUGAGCCAGGCGCCGCCGGGCCGGGCCCCGGGCGGGCCGGGGGGCAUGAAGCCCAACCAGGUGGGCCAGGUGAUCCUCUACGGCAUCCCCAUCGUGUCGCUGGUCAUCGACGGGCAGGAGCGGCUGUGCCUGGCGCAGAUCUCCAACACGCUGCUGAAGAACUUCAGCUACAACGAGAUCCACAACCGGCGGGUGGCCCUGGGCAUCACGUGCGUGCAGUGCACCCCGGUGCAGCUGGAGAUCCUGCGGCGGGCCGGGGCCAUGCCCAUCUCCUCCCGCCGCUGCGGCAUGAUCACCAAGCGGGAGGCCGAGCGGCUCUGCAAGUCCUUCCUGGGCGAGAACCGGCCGCCCAAGCUGCCGGACAACUUCGCCUUCGACGUGUCGCACGAGUGCGCCUGGGGCUGCCGGGGCAGCUUCAUCCCCGCCCGCUACAACAGCUCCCGCGCCAAGUGCAUCAAGUGCGGCUACUGCAGCAUGUACUUCUCGCCCAACAAGUUCAUCUUCCACUCGCACCGCACGCCCGAGGCCAAGUACACGCAGCCCGACGCCGCCAACUUCAACUCCUGGCGCCGCCACCUCAAGCUCACCGACAAGAGCCCGCAGGACGAGCUGGUCUUCGCCUGGGAGGACGUCAAGGCCAUGUUCAACGGGGGCAGCCGCAAGCGGGCCCUGCCGCAGCCCUCGGCCCACCCGGCCUGCCACCCCCUGGGCUCCGUGCGGGCCGCCGUGGCGGCGGCGGCGGCGGCGGCGGCGGUGGCGGCGGCGGCCGGGGGCGGGGGGCUCCUGGGGCCGCCCCUCCUGGGCCCCCCGCCUCCCCCGGGGCCGGUCCUGGCCGAGCUGCCCGGCGGCCCGCUCCCGCCCCCGAAGCGGCCCCGCUUCGACGACGACGACGACGAGCCGUCGGGGCAGGAGGUGCCCCCCGGGCCCGGCGUGGGGGCGGCGGCCAAGGCGGCCCGCAGCUACCCCGUCAUCCCGGUGCCCAGCAAGGGCGCCUUCGGGGGCGUCCUGCACAAGUUCCCCGGCUGCGGGGGGCUCUUCCCCCACCCCUACGGCUUCGCCGCCGCCGCCGCCUUCGGACUGUGCCACAAGAAGGAGGACGGGGCCGGGCCGGUCGGCCCCAACGCCGGGCCCCCCCCAGGACCGGCCGAGCCCCUCGGGGGCCCGGGGGGCCCGGGGGCCGCGCACAAGGCCGCCCUGUCCGGCCUCUUCUGGCCGGCCGGCCGCAAGGACGCCUUCUACCCGCCCUUCUGCAUGUUCUGGCCGCCGCGGCCGCCCGGGGGGCUGCCCGUGCCCACCUACCUGCAGCCCCCGCCGCAGCCCCCGGCCUCCUCGUCCUCGUCCUCGUCCUCCCCGGCCUCCUCGUCGUCCUCCGCCGCCGCCGCCGCCGCCGCCGCCGCCGCGCUGGGCUGCGCCCUGGCCGACGGCCCGGCCCUGCUCCGGCAGGCCUUCCUCGACCUGGCCGACGCCCCGGCCCCGGCCCCGGCCCCGGCCCCGGCCCCGGCCCCGGCCCCGGCCCCCGCCGACGCCCCUGCGGCCCUGGCCCUGGCCCCGCCCGCCCCCGGGGCCCGGGAGGCCCUGUUCGAGCCGGGCGGGGAGGGCGGCCCGGCCGCCGGUCCCACGGCCGAGGGGGCCCGGGGCCCGCCGCCGCCGCCGCCGCCGCCGCCGCACCACCCGCACCUCCUGGAGGCCCGCAAGGCGGCGGCGGGCGGCGGGGGCGGCGGCGGGGGCGGCUACCACCACUCCAGCGCCUUCCGACCGGUGGGCGGCAAGGACGACGCCGAGAGCCUGGCCAAGCUGCACGGCCACCCGCACCCGCACCCGCACCACCACCCGCACCACCAUCACCACCAUCACCACCACCAUCACCACCCGCCUCCGCCCCCGCAGCCCGGGCCGCGCCCGCCGCUGCUGCUCCAGCCCGACCGCCCUCCGCCCGCCCUCCCGCAGCCUCCUCCCCCGCAGCCCCGACGGCUCCUCUCCCCCGGGGACCCCAGCGGGGGCUACCGCAGCGACGACGACGAGGAGGAGCAGGAGGUGGACGUGGAGGGACACCCUAAGCCCCCCGAGGACGAGGACCGGGACGAGGAGGACGACGAGGAGGAGCAGGACGACGACGACGAGGGAGGCCCUCACCCCGCAGAGGAGGAGGAGGAGGAGGAGGAGGAGGCCGGGGGGGACCCGUCCCUAGGAGGGGGGACCCCCCGGUUCCUCCCAGGCCGGGGGCCGGUGGAGAAAGGAGGAGGCCGAGACCGGGCUCUGACUGCGGUGGGCUCCUUUCCCAUCGCCCUCGGCCCCUCCGGGCCGCAGCCGGACGACGAGGAGAGGGGGGAUCACGGCGCCCCCAAUCUGCACCCUCCUCUUCCUCCCGCCCCCCUCAAAGGAGGAGGAGGAGGAGGAGGAGGAGGGCUUGGAAGUAGCCCCAGCAGCAGCGGCGGCAGCGGCAGCAGCGGCCGCAGCAGCCCCGACAGCCCCGGCCACCACCAUCCAUCACCGGAGGACCAGCCCUCCUACAAAGAUAAUCAGAAAACUAAGGAAGGUAAUCAAGUAAUCUUACCUACAAAAGAAGACCACAGCUUUUCAGAUAAAAACAAGGAACAUAAUUUUUUCAUCUCAGACUCAGAAUCUUCAGGCGGAGAUUUCUGGAGAGAAAGAGCAGGCGAACACACACAAGAAACCAGUUCACCUCAUUCACUCAAAAAGGAUGUAGAAAAUAUGGGAAAAGAAGAACUUCAGAAGGUUUUGUUUGAACAAAUAGAUUUACGGAGACGACUAGAACAGGAAUUCCAAGUUUUAAAAGGAAAUGCAACUUUCCCAGUAUUCAAUAAUUUUCAGGAUCAAAUGAAACGGGAGCUAGCCUACCGAGAAGAAAUGGUGCAGCAAUUACAAAUUAUCCCCUAUGCAGCAAGCUUGAUCAGGAAAGAAAAGCUUGGCACACAUCUCAGCAAAAGUUAAAAGGAGCACAGGACUAUCUGCAAUUGCCCUUUUGUAAGAUAUAAGCUACCACUGAGCAAUCUGACCUGUAUAAAGACUGAAAAUUGAAAGGGCUCGGGAAUAAAAUACAAAUCAGGUUCAUAUGAACCCAAGGACAAAAGUGACCUCGAAGCUUCAUGGAUAGCCAUGUAAAAUAUAAUGUAGCAGCCAUGUAUUAGUGGGGGGAAAAACAAGAUCAGUAAAUGCUUGUCACAGAUACGUUGGUGGAACCAAAGUUUGAGUCUUUGUGGUUUUGGAAGGACUUCUGAACUUCAUAGAGUGUGGAAUAUGCUUUUAAUCAAUUGUGUGGAUAAUCCAUGGGAGUGAUCCCUGGUCCCUUGGAUGCCAUGAACACGGAGAGCACCUAUGAGAUCAUCUUUCUGCUUUUGAAUAAGUGAUUCUUGGUGAAAAGGGACACAAGACUUGUCCUAGGGGUUGAAAUUGCAUUUUGACGGAUAGGAGGGCGUCAGCCAUGCACUUAUUACUUUUAAAAGUGAACUGAAUAGUCUUUCAAAUGGCUCCUUCACCUCUGGUACUUUGCCUGCUGUAUGAAUUAAGAUUGUAUUCCUCUGGAAAUAUUUUACAAUUUAAUAUUGAGUGUAAUUAAGAAUAU